CGGCUCCUCUCUACGUCACGGGAGGAACUAAGUUGACGAUCGCGGGCGGGCAGGCGCGCGGCCGGGAGCCACAGCCUCAGCGCAGAGCAAUUCUCCCGUGUCCGGGGCUCCGAGACUGGGGGAAAUACACCGAGCCACCGGCGCCCACCCGCAUUGCUCGCAGCGGCGGCGCCCGUCGUCCUUUGAAACUUUCUCCCCCCCAAGAAGGCUCCAAAUGGCGGGACACGAAUGGGACGACUGGUUCGAGCGGGAGGAAUUCAUCGGGCAGAUCAGCGACAUACGUGUGCAGAACCUCCAAGCCGAAAGGGAGGGCAUACAGAAGCGGACCUUCACAAGAUGGAUGAACCUGCAUCUGGAGAAGUGCAAUCCUCCCAUGGAGAUAACAGACCUGUUCAAUGAGAUUCGGGAUGGCCGAAUUCUGAUGGCACUCUUGGAGGAGCUGUCGGGAUGUAAACUGCUUCAUGGGUUUAAGCCAUCGUCGCAUCGCAUUUUCAGGCUGAACAACAUAGCCAAGGUGUUGACUUUCCUCGAGGAGAGAAACGUAAAGCUGAUUAGCAUUGAUGCAGCUGAUGUUGCCGAUGGGAACUCCUCUCUUGUUCUUGGCCUCAUUUGGAACAUCAUCCUGUUCUUCCAGAUCAAGGAGCUGACGGGUACCAUCCAGAGCCGCUUCUCCUCUACUUCCAGCCUCUCGUCCCAGCCCAACAGCACUGACUCGGACACUUCCCACCCAGGCACCCCUGCAGAGGACAAACCGACCUUGAUCCCACGCAGGGAGCAUGGGAAAGCGAUCCGGACACUCCUGCACUGGGUGCAGAAGCGGACAGCCAAGUAUGGUGUGGUUGUGCAGGAUUUUGGGAAAAGCUGGACGAGUGGCCUAGCUUUCCUGGCAGUCAUUAAGUCCAUUGACUCUAGUCUGGUGGACAUGAGGAAGGCUCGGUUGCGGACACCCAGGCAGAACAUUGAGGAUGCAUUCAGAAUUGCUCACUAUAGCCUUGGCAUCCCACGGUUACUGGAGCCAGAGGAUGUGAUGAUCAGUGCACCAGACGAACAGUCAAUUAUGACGUACGUCUCUCAAUUCCUGGAGCACUUUCCAGGAUAUGACCAGGAAGAACCGUCCGAGGUGAUGGAGAGAAACGUCCCAGCAAGUGCUGUCAGCACUCGGCAGGCUCGUGGGCCAGUCAAUGGUGUGCACAGAGAAAGACGCAGGCCUUAUGUGGUUAGAAAAGACUCCGUACCCCUCCCACCCAAGAUCUUUGUCUCUUCUGCGCCUGAUGAAUUUGAGCAAGCGUGUCCUGCUCAUACAGAUGUGCCAGGGAAUACAAAAAUCCUCAAGGAGAAGGAGGGGUCAGGUGAGUCUCCCACACGACCUCCGGACUUAGGACAGCAAGCAGUUCCCCCUUCACCGAAGCCAUCCUGUGUAGACUCUGCCAUUGGCUCACCAGACUCCUGGAGUGAAGUGACAAGUGAGGUGGCUUUGCUUGAUAGUCCUGGGCUCUUUAAUGACUCAACCAACCCCAGUUCCCCUGACGAGUUUCAGGAGAGCAAAGUUCAGGAAUCCAAUGUGUGCAAAGUCAGCAAGGACCAGGUUUUCCAAGACCUGUUCACAGAAGAGGGAAACAUCUCCCAAAGCUCAGUUGACAGUUUCCAGGCAACUUCGACAUUUUCCUUGGAAGAAGAGGAUGCUUACCAGUACAUCUUGGAUCUGAAUGAUGAUAACAAGGGCAACAGUUUACUUCCAGGACCUUGUGAUCCACAAGAAGAGAGUCUGGAUGGCCCAGGUUCAGAACAAAUGGAUGUUUACAUAACACAGAGCCAUGACAAGUCCUAUCCACUAAUCUCAAACCUCCCUGAUGAACUAAAAAUAAAUGAAAACCAGUCUAGCAAAAUGGAGAAAAAUGUUCAACAUCCUUUGGAGCAAGAGGCAAUUUCUCCCUCACAGACAAAGACCAACCCUGAGCAGUCAUCUCAAAUAAUUUGUGAGGCAGAACGAAAGACAGAAACACAUGAGGACUCCCUCUCUACUAUGAAUGAGCCAGAGACAACCCUGCAGCAGAAUAAUGAUUUUACUGUCCUGCCUGCUGUGGUGCAGAGCCUGGAACAAAAUGAGGUCUGUAAGCAGCAGAGUGAUUCUAAGGACCACAUUGGUACUGACUCCAGGGGUCAAGACUUUAACAUGCUCUCUCAGGAUGGGGAUCACUCUGAAUGGUACUUUGAGACACACAACAUGAAUAAAAGCGCGGAGAGUGCUGCCGUCUCCUCUGAAGAUCAGGAACAGUUUAGAUGUCUGUAUGAAAUAGCGGGCAAGAGCCAGAAAGAAAAUCACUUAGCCUCUUUAUUGGAGGAUCCCAAACAGUCUGGAUAUCAAUCUAAGGCACAAAACGGGAACCAUAACCAGGAAAAUAUGAGCCACCUGUCUGAAAACCAAACAAAGUAUGACAAUCAGUCAACAAUACAUAAGGAAUAUUGGAGUCAAGACAGUGGUACAGGUGUCUCUGAAGACCCAGACUGCUCUGGAUGUCAUUCUGAAGAACAAAAGAAGAAGCAGAACCCGGACUACUCAAAGUCCAGUUUUGAAGACCAGGACUAUCCCUUUGAGAUACUACAUGAGAAAGACCAUCUGAACUAUAUAGCCCCUAUCUCGGAGGGCUGCGACCACACUGGGCUUAUCAGUGAAGCAGUGGCAGGUAUUACGGAAAGGGAUCGAACCAAAGACGAUGAACUUCCUUCUCUUAUCGAGAGUACAGAGUCUCAAGAGUCGCUUUCUGUUUACAAGCCUUACUGCUCUGAGAGCAGCUCAUGUGGUGGUGAUAGACCCAGUGAUUUGAACAUUUGUGCUCUGGGUAGAAAUGAACCCAGCAGAAUGAGCACUGACAGUUGUCAGACCACCCCACUGGGUAAAACAAAUAACAGCCUGUUUAACUACAGCGAGCCUUGCGACAUGAGCUACGGCACAUAUGAAGACAUUGCUGAAAAGGUUCAUCUUAUGGCCUGCUCAGUUCCCAGUGAUGCUGACCAGUCAUACCUGAUUAACGUGGAGAGUGUGCAGGACUCUACUACACUCGACACCAAGAGCCUCCUGGUAACAGAGAGCCCAUCGGGAAACGGUGAUUUCGGUGGCCAUGAGGGCCAAGAGGAGCAGACCAGCAGAAUGCACCUUCAACGUGUGGUUAAAGAGGAGGAGAAGGUUGCAGAGGCGCCCGAUCCUCACCCACUCAGCCACAUAAAGGGCUCGGAGCAGUCUACGGCGGCUACACCCAGGCGAGAGCACCGGACCCCGGCGGCAGCAGCAUCCUCCUCCAACGUAUCUGUGGCAGAGAUGCAUGUACUGCUGGUUCUGUGGCUCCUACUCUACUGCCUCUUUGUCCUGCCUCAGCUGGACCCACACAGUCUGCUGCACCUCCUCCUCAACCUUGAGGAGUAAGCGUGUACCUUUGUGUGCUCCCACACGCACUGCUUUCACAUGUAGUAGAUGGGCUCUUGGUUUUCUGCUUGGCGCAGCGCAGUAUGUCAAAAGCACAAUAUGGACUCUUGGUACCAGUGGACUUUCAUAUUUUUCCUUGGAAUACUGUACUACAUGUGAGCUUUCCACCCAGCCUUACAUUAAUUUGCUUAAAAUGUUUAACUGUUUGUUGCGCUGCCUUUGAAGGUUUAUAACUGAAACAGAAAAGCAUUUUGGAUGAUUUGUAACAGUUUCUUGAUGACUCUGUCCACUGUACAGUUACUUUUUCUUGCAAGAUGUGUAAGUCUGUAAACAGGCUUCUCUACCAAAUUGAGAAGAGGACUGAUUUUUAAUGAGCAAUAGUCCCUUUUUCAGUGUGUUCAGCUUGUAUGGGGGCGGCGUGAAUGUUUGUAUGGGCACCGUGUGUGAUAAUGGGCAGAGAAGGGGACUCCUAGGACCGGGUGUCUCGCUGCUCAUACACCUGCACUUUCUCAACGCAUGACCAGCCAAAGAUGCAAAGACACAGCCUCUGACGCUGGACUGGCUGCGUCAUCUUCUUUGCUUUGCUGAAAAAUAGAAGGAAACAACUUUACCAGUCACAUCAGCUAUUUUAUACGUGGCAAAGUCUGCUUUUAUGAAUAUUAUAUAUUUUGUGACAGCUAG